GCUGUUAUCAUGGAUACCCAAAGUUUAGUGACAACAAAACGAAAAUUUAAAUCUACUCAAUUGUUUCUAGUGGCUGGAACAAUUUUGAUCUCUCUAUUAGUUUCUGUGCUGUGUAUUGGUUUGACAGUGCGUUACGAAGUGGACACGGAGACUGCAGAUGUGGAAAGUGUGCAGUAUUGGAAAUUAAAUUUGCCACCAGAUCAAGAAAAGUGGUAUGAAAAGGGUAUUGAAGAGCUAAAGUCUAUUAUAGUCAAAAAAGAACAAAGGGGAGAAGUUGAAAAUGUGGUAAUAUUUAUGGCUGAAGGUGUAACUAGCGAUAUGUUAUCGCGUGCCAGAUUUAUGAAGAAAGACAAUGCUCUUGAAAUGAAUGAUUUCAUAUGGGAUUCAUUUCCUCAUAUUGGCAUAUUGAAAAGCAGUUGCAGUUUUGUGGAGAAUUGUGAUGCCUUUUCUCUGGCCACUGCUUUAUUUGGAGGUGUUCAAACUUCCUGGGGCUUAGGAGGAGUAGAUAAACGUGUUGGACCUGGUAAUUGCCAUAAAGCCUUAAAUGAAUCCUUCCAUAUAAACAGUAUUUUCAAACAAGCUAAAGCUUUAAAUUUACGCACCGGCUUUGUAACCACACGCCGCAUUACUGGACCUUUAGUAGCCGCCCUCUAUGCUCAUUCUAGUGAUACCGCAUGGGAAUGUGAUGCUUACAUACCCGAAAACAUGAAAGCUAAGUGCCAAGAUGUGGCCACUCAAUUGAUAAAAUCCAAGGAGGGCAGAAAUAUUAAUGUAAUAAUGGGUGGCGGCCGUCAAACUUUAGUCUCCAAGGUGCCCAUUUCCAAUCGCAGCAUUAUUGACGAAUCCGUUUGUGAUUCCCUAGACAAACGUAAUCUCUUGCAGGAUUGGCAAUCUCAUAAAAUAUCUGAAAAUGUUACAUUUAAACUAAUACAAACUCCUAGAGGAUUGAGCAGACUUAAAGGAGCUGCUUUGGAUUAUGUUUUGGGUGUGUUUGCCAAUGGCGAUUUAACAGAUAAAGGUCCAAAUCUAACAAAUAUGGUAACAAAAUCAUUGGAUGUUUUGCAGCGUAGAGAUGUUGGUUAUUUAUUUGUGGCUGAAACAGCAGUGAAAAAAGAUGCAGUUGAAGAUUUUCAACGAAUUCUUUGGGAUUUGGAUAAGGCAAUUAAGGAAACCUUCAAGCAUCCGGGUUUCACUCCAAACAACACCGUAGUACUUACCGUGUUUCUAGAUUUAAAUCAUACCGCCGAUGCUCCCAAUGACAUUGUACUCUACGCUAUCGGACCCAAAUCGUAUCUCUUUCAUGGCUUCCAUGAAGAGACCUACAUGGCCCAUGCUAUAUCUUAUUACCUGAAAAUGGGCAUUUUUCGUUCCCAAACAAAAUCAAACAGUUAAAUACAUAUAAGUUUAACAGAAUGUAAUUUAUUUAGUAAAUUUAAAUGUAAAUUUGCUUUUAAUAUUUGGCUAGCAAUAAUAAUUUUUUAAUAAUAAAUAUUCUUAACUACAAAAUGUUUGAAAACA